AUGGAUCAGCUCCGAAAAGAGGCCCGCCGGGUCCUCCAGCAAACUCCCUGGAAUCGCCCAACCACCUUGGAAUCCGCGUCCACACGCUUGACUCUGGCACAAUUAUGGACGGACGUCUCAUCCCAUGAGAACUCCUCUUAUUUAGAUGCCUGCGAGAGUCUGUAUGCCGCGCUCAGCUUCCUUGAAACCGGCUAUGAUCCUGUGCUACCAGCGCAGGAUAAUGCAGCGGAAGCCACGGCAAUCAAUGCCCUAUCUCAUUGGGCAAGUCAACUGGCUCUGCCGUCAUCGGAAUUUGCCGUGUGCUUCGAUGAUAAUCCUGAAAUCACUGAAGAAAGCCGCCUGAAAUCAGAACUGGCAGCACAAUUCAUUACCUUGAUGGAGGCAAAGGUUAUUUCCACUCUGGAUAACCAGCCAGUCGCCAGUUCUCCGGAUGUCAUUGUCGCCAUGGCAAGCUUCACCUCCAAAAAGGAUCCCUGGACUACCAACGACAGCAACAAUUGUGCCGAAAUACAUCUCAACAUGGCAUGCCAGAAUGAUCUCUGGCCGAUCAUCGAACGGGUUCUGAGAGAGAAGGUUAGACCACUUUUUACCAAGACGAAGAAUCCCGCGAUUACAAGCGAGGGCCGUAAAAGCCUCCAUCCCGUGGCCCGAACUCGCUUCGACGGGGGUGCUUUGGAUGACUCGACAAAGCCAUGGAAAACCACGGAUGUUUACGCUCCAGCUGUACUCUCUUGGAUUAUAUGCCAGUAUAAGUUGACCGACCCGUCCAAGCCCGCCCACAAAGCCAGCCUAGAGGCACAUUUUCCGCUCCUAGUGCCAGCCAUUCUAGCUCUGAUUGAUGAUAAUAACAUCACCUACAAAAUAAAGGGAUGCGAUCUUCUCAGCCAGCUCCUGAGCCCCAUCCAGGAAAGUGGUUCCGAUAUCCUCCUUCGAACCAACCUGGUCUCGGUCUUCCAAGAAGCCGUCACAGCCUGCCUCCUCUCGCUACCGAGCAUCACACCAGAAACGAGUUCCCUCAAACUUCUCGGGGCAGCAUACCCUGCUCUCCUCGCUCUUUUAAAAGCAACCUACCAACUAACCUCGAAGCAACCAAUCUCACAAACGGAAAGGAACACCCAAUCCUAUAUAACAAAUCUCUCCAAAAUCCUACGAUCAAACCUCAUCUCAUCCUUCCACCACAUCAGCUCAUCUACACCCGCAUCCACAAAUGCACCUACAUCCUUCCCGCACCCUCCAAUCGCAACAACUAAGACGACAAUCUUGGCCGCCCACCCCCGUAUAUGGAGAUGGCGCGGUGAAAUCCUGGGCGGUCUCGCAGCAUGCUGGCUACACGUGGUUGAAGAGCGGAAGGGGAAUGGGGAAACGUCAAUCCCAGUGCUCGAUGGAUUAGCCCGUAAUCUGCAGAGCACGGCUUUCGCUUUAAAAUACGCGCUGCUGAAUCCCAUACCAAUCACGGGUGGAUCCUUGGAUCCGGAUCAGCUCGCUGUCAAGGGAGAAGUGCAGAGUGGGUUCCAGGCUAUGGUCGAUGCGGAUCCUGAGUUAGAGGGGCUUUUUGCUCUAGAUGUUGCCGAUUCAUAG